AUGGCUCUCCUUCUUGCACCCUACAACAAUGGCAUGCGCCUUGGCCAAGGCUUCAACUCGUACACACAACAAAUCUGCAUUGAUGAUGCCGUCGUCAUCGAUCCUGACCGGAUCGACAACGCAGUCACUAACGAUGGCUUCACUAUGCGUGAGCUUCGUUAUGCCAUCGGAGCCCGUGCUGGUGAUGAGGAAGACUACUACGACGACGGGGAGCCUUUGGCCGCUCCUGUCACGGCUGCUUCCACGGGCGAUGCAUCUGCCGAUGUCGCGGCUGGGACACAGGCUAUGAUUGGUCCUGCACCUCCAACGGCUCUUGAUAGCAUUGCGAUUCAACUUACUCAAGAUGUCAAGACGGUCAGCAAGCUCGUCGAGGAUAUCGCCAAGCUGGAGGCUGCCGUCGAGGAAGCAACCGACCCCAACAGCGAUGACACAAAGCGCGAUGCUUUGCUUCUUGAGAAGAAACGAAUGCGCCUUGCCCGUAUCAAGACCACCGGGACAGGUUUGAAGUCCACCAACGCCCGUGGCGCAGUGCGGGAGCUGUCCCAGCGGGGACCAAGCCAGAUUGUCUCGUACAGUUCACGCUUUGUGAACAAGAUCAGUGAAAUCACUGAUGACAUGAACAUCUCCGGUUCCCUUUCGAUCAAGUAUGGUGCCAUCGGCGGUGCCGGCAAGGGCUCUUUCGUCGACUCGGACAAGUUCAAGGAGAGUGACCUCAACUUUUUCAUCAGUGUCAAGGUGAUCAACCAGAGUAUCAACAUCAAAGAUGCCCUCGUCUUCCAAGGCCUCCCUUCGGUGAACAAGAACAACUUCCGCUCCGUCUUUGGUGACACCUUCAUCUCAGGUUUCCUGGAAGGUGGUGAGUUUAAUGCCCUGGUGAGCAUGAAGGUCGUAAACAAGGACAAGCGCAUGGCUAUCAAGGCUGAGGCCGAAAUCGCCUUGAGCGUUGGAGUAUUGGACGUCAAAGGUAGCGCGAAGGCCGAUAUCGCCAAGUCCGAUUUUUCGUCCCAAACGGAGACGACAAUCCAGGUCGGUUGGUCUGGAGGCGGGCACAUCAAGCCAAUGGAUCAACCAUGGACAAUCCCGACGCUGAUGGAAACGGCUGCCAAGUUCCCUGACCUCGUCGCCAACACGCCCCAGCGAACCUAUGCCAUCCUCACCAAGUACGAAUCGCUCCGCAGUUUCAUGGCUCUGAAGCCCCCAGAACUCAAGCCGAUGUUCUACGAGAACGCAGCCAUCUACACCAACUCCAUGCUGGACGCCUACAUGGACUACAAGAACAUAUAUCGCAACCUGGGAAGCAACCUCUUCGAUAUUCAAGCUGGCACCAAGAAGUUUGGCGACUGGCCUGAGGGCACCGCCUUUGCGGACAACAGCACCCUUUCCCGCAUCGAUGACGAGUCUCGCUUCACCGCCAGCAUCAAAGGGCUUGACCUUGCCCGCCGUGCCUGCCGCUUCCAGAUGGUCAAGAUCGUCAAGGAAGUCGAUGCGAUUGAGGAACGCCCAGACUACGCCGCUGAUGAGAAGCGCCCUGAAGCCUUCCAGAGCCCCAUUGUCUUCCGCGAGCGUCUCCCCCUCGUCAAGUAUAAGGAAAAAAUGCCGCCUCUCAAGAUCUUUGGCACAGACGUCCCUUACCCUCCAUUACUCGAGCGUGUUGAUGGUGAUGGAGUGACAGACGACGAGGCUGCCAAGGCGUCCACCUAUACGAACAACCAACCCGAUAUCAGCGAGUUCCUCAGGCUUGCACCUAUGGUCGGCUCCGUCCAGGGCGCCCUCUUUUGCCACUUGGAUUUCGUCAAGGCUGACUUCAGCCUGCGCACCGUCACCGUUGAGUUGAACGGCGGGGUGGUUUGUGGCCUGACUGCGCGGUACGCCAAUGGACUCUUGGCCACGACCGGUACUGCGGGAGGGGGCCGCAAGGUCUCGCUAACAGUGCGGCCUGAAGACGGCGAGAAGAUUAUUGCGUGCUCCAUUGAGACCGGACGCGUUAAGGGCGAGGCGAAUGCCAUGCCCCGCGUGACUGCCCUACGGCUGUACACCAACCGUGGACCCGAUCUUCUUGGCAAUUCAGAGGACUGGAAGCCAGCCGUAAACGGCGAAGGGGUCCGUGGUGGCGUCCAGUUCGAAGGGCUCAGCAUGAAGCAUUUCGAUCCCCUCCUCGUUAAUGCCCAUAUCAAGGGCUUCUGGGGCUACGGGGUCUCGAGUUCGCGUCUCACUCCCCAAAGUGGCAUCUUUCGGCUGGGUCCAAUCUGGGGUAACAAAGAGGUCAGACUUUGGUCCCUUCUCAGUAUCUCCUUUCCACCUUUUUUCCAGCCUACUAACACAAUGCAGAACACCUCUCCCACCUCCGGCGUAGUCGAAGACGAUACGGUCACCACCGUAGACAUCGCGCAGGUGCAAAAAGCGCUCGAUGAGAGCAAGCGAGCUUUGGCCCGACUGGAAGGCUGCGUGGGCUCCCCAACCAAUGGACCUGUGUGCAUUCUCUCGGUUACCUGGGGCGGCCAGUGCUAUGAUGGCAACCAAUCAGUGAGAAAUCGGUUGAUAAGCCUGAUUGUCGAGAACAGGGAGUUCCGGAUUGGUAAUGAUAUCUGUGAGCACGAUCCCAUGCCGGGCACCCGGAAAUGGCUGUCAGUCGCGUAUCGGUUCACGGAGGGCCAUCGGAAUGGGCGAGUGCGCACUUUGGUUGGUUAUGAGGGCAAUAAUUCCCGGUUUGAUGCGUUGGACUCACAGUAG